AGUUAGUUUGUUAGUGGGACCAAUCCAAAAACCCGAAACAACCGUUUCACAACGCGAUUUGGAAUUUCCGUGACCAGAACGUUCAACGACACGAGAAAGAAAAAGAUGAAGAAGGAAGACACAGUGAAACUGAUCAGUUCCGAUGGAUUCGAAUUCAUCGUCGACAAAGAAGCUGCCAUGGUUUCUCAAACCAUUCGUAACAUGCUUACAUCUCCAGGGAGUUUCGCUGAAAGGCAACAUGGAGAAGUAACUUUUCCUGAGAUUAGUACCACUAUUCUUGAGAAGAUUUGUCAGUAUUUUUAUUGGCAUCUUGAAUUCGCCAGUGGAAAGGACAGAGAGUUUCCUAUUGAACCUGAAUUAACUCUGGAGUUGAUGAUGGCUGCCAAUUACCUACAUACUUGAGCAGAUUGACUUCCCAGAG